GCGCUGUGCUGAUCAGACUGCAGUUAUAUUUGGACGAAGUUGGCAGCUGGCGGCUCACGGCGAAAGGCUUUCCUUCCUCGCUCUCCGGCGGUUGGACAGUGGAAUUAUGAACACAGCUCACAGAGUCCUCUAUCACCCUGUCUUGAAAUCUGUUUCUGUUUCGCACCCAGAGAAAUUUAACCGACCAUGGAGAUUGGAGUCUGCAUUCUGUUGGCUUUUCUCUUCCACCAGGUAGCCCAUGUGGGUGGCCAAGAGGAUGGUGGCAAUGAGGGCUGUGUGCCUGGCUUCCAGGUCAAAAAGUACCAGGUGGCGUACAGAGGACCUUUCCAGAAAGGCCAACCCCUUCUGCAAGUUGAGUUUGAUGACUGUGCGGGGAAUGAGGAUGUGACGUUCGGCGUGUCGGAUCCCAACUUUCAUGUGGACGAGGAUCUGAAUCUGGUUCCUCUGCGAGAUGUUCCGCACAGCGAGCCGGUCCUGUUCAUCCACGGCCUCAGUGCAAAUGCAGAUGACCUAGCGCAGGUGGACAUCACAGGGAUGUCUAGUCAGUCAGCAGAGACGCUCAGGAAUAUCCUGGGUACUGGCCAAAAGCUGCCAUACAGAUCCAAGAGAUCCCUGCUGGUUCCUCCUAUGGUUGUGAGUGAGAACCAGAGAGCUCCUUUCCCCAAGAUCAUUGGCACGACUCAUGUGAUUCCAUCAGGGGAAUCAAGGAAACAUAUCUUCCGACUGACAGGCCCUGGUGCUGACCAGGAUCCCAAAGGUCUCUUCACCAUUGACAUGGAUUCAGGAGUGGUGUCAGUCAGCCGCUCACUGGAUCGGGAGACCACUGGCUUCUACCAGCUGGAGGUAUCAACCACAGACUUUGCUGGAAACCUUAUCGAGGGACCCGAAGAAGUCAAGAUCAUUGUUAUUGACCAAAAUGACAACCGACCCAUCUUCAAAGAAACACGCUACACCGGAAAGGUGCUUGAGGGAUCCCCUACAGGAACCACAGUGAUGACAAUGACAGCAUUUGACGCAGACGACCCCAACACAGAUAACGCUGUACUGCGCUACAACAUCGUCAGACAGUCUCCAGACAAACCUUCACCGAACAUGUUCUACAUUGAUGCAGAAAGAGGAGACAUUGUCACAGUCAUAUCUCCCACUGUACUUGACAGAGAGACACUGCCAACCACAACAUACGAGUUAGAGAUUGUGGCCAAGGACAUGGCAGGAAGUGAGGUGGGCCUAACAGGAACGGCCACCGCCACCAUUACCAUCACAGAUAAGAACGACCAUGCCCCUGAGUUCACACAUCCACUGUUUGAAGCUCAUGUGUAUGAGGGCUCGACGGGUGUUGUGGUCAACCUGACAGUAGACGACAGAGAUGAUCCAGCCACAGGAGCAUGGAGAGCUAUGUACUCUAUAAUCAGUGGAGACCCUACACAGAACUUUGAGAUUCAGACCAACCCAGACAAUAAUGAGGGAAUGUUAUCAGUUGUCAAGCCACUGGACUAUGAAGCCUCUGCAUUCCGUACGCUGCUCAUCAAAGUAGAGAAUGAGGAUCCUCUUGUUCCUGAUGUCGGAUAUGGCCCUAGCUCUACAGCCACUGUCCAUGUCAGAGUUGAGGACAUCAAUGAGGGCCCUGUGUUCUUCCCAGACCCCCUGAUAGUCACCAGAAUGGAAAACAUCCCUGUGGGCAGCUUUGUGGCUUCACUUAAUGCUACAGAUCCAGACAUAUUAGAGAUACAGAGUAUUAGGUAUGCUAUUCUGCAAGACCCUGCAGGCUGGCUGAGUGUGAACCCAGUCAGAGGAACUGUCAACACCUCAGCCUCACUGGAUCGCGAAUCUCCGUAUGUCUAUGACAACAAAUACACAGCUGUCUUCAUCGCCACUGAUAAUGGCACUCCUCCAGCUACAGGUACCGGCACAUUGAUCAUUUACCUGGAAGACUACAAUGACAAUGCCCCCUAUGUGUUACCAUCAGUAGCACGAGUGUGUGAGGAUGCCCAUGAUGUGACUGUUGCUGUAGUUGGGGGCUGGGACAAGGACCUCCCACCCAACGCUGCACCCUUUAAGAUAGAACUGGGAAAACAACCUGACCUAGACAAAACAUGGAAAGUUACCAGGGUUAACUCUACACACUCCCAAAUCAUGCUUCUGCGCAGUCUGAAGAAAGACAACUACCAACUCCCAUUGCUCAUCACGGACUCAGGGGUGCCCCCUUUGUCCAAUAACACAGAGGUCAAAGUUCAGGUGUGCAUCUGUAAUAAGAACCGGAUGCACUGCAGCUCUGCCCACUCCCAUCGUGCCAGGUUUCUCGUGCUGCUCGCAACACUCCUGCUCACCCUACUCUGCCUGUAGAUUCUGCUGAAACCUCCUGUAGUCAUUUUUUGCAACACCGAAAAGCAACGACUUAUCUCCCCCACGCAACCCAGGCUUAGGAGAGAAGAAAAAGAAGACAAAUAAGAGGAAGAAGAAGGAACGAGAAGAGGUCUUCUAAACCACGACAAAUCAAACAAGAAAAUACACACAAUCCCCAUUGGCCCAAGUGCUGUAUAACACCACCGUGUGUGUGUGUGUGUGUGUGUGUGUGUG